AUGCGCGCCGUGCUCCUGCUCUGCGCGCUGACCCGUGCGUCGGCGAUCACGACGGGCAUCUUUGCCUCGUGCGCCGGGCCCAGCGCCAGCUCGUUGGCCCACUGCGACGCGUCCCUGGCCCCGGAGGCGCGCGUCGCGGCGCUGCUGGGGCAGCUGUCCACCGACGAGAAGAUCGCCCUGCUCUCGCCGACGCAGACGCCCUUCUGCGCCUGCCACACGCUCGCGAACGACGGCGCCGACCUCGGCGUCUACCGCUGGCUCGUGGAGACGAACAGCGGCGUGUCCGCGCCGUGCCUCGCUCCCGGCCGGUGCCCGACGAUGUUCGUCGGCCCGCUCGGCGUCGCGGCGGCGUUCAACCGCAGCGCCUGGGAGCGGAAGGGCGACGUCAUCGGCCGGGAGCUCCGCGCGCUCGCGAACGUCGCGGCGGGCCGCUACGGCCGGGAGAACUACACGCUCUACGACAAGGCGACCGUCGGCCUGACCGGCUUCGGGCCGAACGUGAACCUCGUCAAGGACCCUCGCUACGGCCGCAACUCGGAGCUCGCGGGCGAGGACCCCGUCCUCGCCGGGGCGUACGCGGCGGCCUUCGUGAAGGGCGUCCAGCGGCGCAAGGGCGGGAUCCUGCGGAGCGCGGCGUACCUCAAACACUACACCGCCUACAGCGUGCGCCGCGCCGCAGGUUUUGACCGGGAAAACGAUGGAAAAUCGUUACCGACGCAUGUGGUAGGCACCUUCGACCUCCACGACAGCAACCUGCGCCAGUUCGAAAAGGGGUUCGUCGACGGCGGCGCGAGCGGAGCAAUGUGUAGCUACUUCGCGCCGAACGGCGUGAGCUCCUGCGGCUCGAAGGCGCUCCUCGAGGAGACCGUGCGCCAGACCUGGAAACGGCCCGACGCCGUGAUCAUGACGGACUGCUCGGCCGUG